AUGAGGCUCCUUAAGCAGAAAGGUCCACUGAGGCCUCGUGGUGACAGCGCCGCUGUCCACCUUCGGGGCGCUGUGGUCCCGCGGCCCUGGGAGCCAGCCGAGGAGCCGGUGUGCGGGUCCGCCGCGUCGGAGCACGUGCAGCACGCCGGCUCCCGCUCCCCCAGCGUUCGAGGCCGUUGGGAGUUGGACCGACUUGGGCUCCCGCUCCGGCUCCUGACGGCCCUCCUGCUGGCCUGCCCUCCUGGGGCCAUGGAGGACGUCUCUCAAAGCAGAGAAAGCGGCUUCACGGUCAAGUCAUCAGUGCACAACUUGAGCAAAACUCAGCAGACCCAACUCACUGUGGGCAGCCUGGGAUUAGGCCUGAUCAUCAUCCAGCAUGGGCCCUACCUCCAGAUCACUCACCUCCUCAAGAAAGGGGCUGCAGCCAGGGAUGGAAUGCUCCAGCCAGGUGACGUUCUGAUCAGUGUUGGCUAUACCAAUGUGUUAGGGUACACUUUGCGGGAAUUUCUAAAGCUUUUGCAACAUAUCACCAUAGGAACAGUGCUGCAAAUCAAGGUUUACCGGAAUUUUGUCGACAUACCUCAAGAAUGGCAAGACAUAUAUGAUUUAAUCCCUGAGACAAAAUUCCCAGUAACGUGCACAACAAAGAAAACUGAGCAGGCAAAAGAUGACUCUUUCACAAACAUUGAUGACAAGGAAGAUGUCGUUUUAGAUAAAAAUCUUAAAUAUUAUAAAUCCCCAUGGUCCACCAGGCAUCAUCCCGCAAGGAGACCCAUGUCAAUCUCCCGAGAAUGGCAUAAAUAUGAAAAGAAGAACCAGACUAUCAGCGUAGGAACAGACAUCAACUGUGACGUCAUGAUUCACAGAGACUACAAGAGAGAAGUGAGAUCCCCCUCCCCAUACUGGACAAUGGUUAAGCAAGACAAGGACAGCUCCACCUCCUCCUCGGCAUCCGACGCAUUCUGGCUGGAAGACUACGCCCACGUCGAAAAGGACAGGGAUCAACCUGCAUAAAAACUGAAGACGCAGUCAUGCAGUGUCAGAGUGUGAGCACAGCACAGAAGUUCA